UAGGGUUACUUUUAGGUUGAUGGCGAGAAGGAUGACUACCAGGGUGACGGCGAGUAGGGUUACUUUUAGGUUUACGGCGAGAAGGAUGACUACAAGGGUGGCGGCGGGUAGGGUUACUUUUAGGUUGAUGGCGAGAAGGAUGACUACCAGGAUGACGGCGGGUAGGGCGACUGUAAGGUUAAUGACGACAAGGAUAGUGACCAGGAUGACGAAAGGUGACGACCAGGGUGACGACCAACAGCAACAACGAGGACGAUGUCGACCUACCAGGUUGAUAUCGACGAAAGAGAAGAGCAGGGUGGUUACGACCAGGAUAAUGACUAUGGUGAUGUCCCUGAAGAAGAACAGCGUGGGGAAGACGACGACGACGAACUGGACGACUACCAUAGUCACUACCAGGGCGACUACCAAGCUGAUGACGACGACUAGGAUUACAACCAGGGCGGUCGGUGAUGUUCACUGGACUACUGUAAAUCGGGGUUGCAGUAUCUAGCCAGGGUCAUUGACCUUACCAAGACACACUCAGUGUACCUCUUCACCUCUCCAGUGGACGUGAACUAAUUUUUAAGGAGAUGAGAACAUGGCGAUUCAUCUCUUUGUCCAUUGGUGAUUUGCAAAGAAAUAUGUAAAGACACUCUACUCUGUAUAAUAAUUGAGGAGACUUGAUUUCAUUCCACCAGAAACCUGUAAAUUUAAAUCUUCCUUGGAAUCCUCAUUCAUCGAUGGACAUACUACGUACGAUGAUGCCUAAACAUAUUGCAGUCCGACUUUCUACAUUCUGAAAGAAACGCGG